AUGUGGAACCAUCUUAUUCUUUUGGCCGUGUUGGCCACUGCCCAGGGCGAAGACUGCGUGUGGGACAAAGAUGAAGACUAUCCCCAAAAACCUCCACUUAUAAUGGAUGCCUCCUUCAGAAUACUACUGCCAGUAAUGGAAGAAGGCAAAAGAAUUGUCAGAGUACCCAAAAACGGUGCAAUUACCCUGGCGUGUCCUGGUAGCAAUAUAGCUGGACUUGGGAAGGAAGUUGUGCAAGCAAAGUGCUCCGGUGGUCAGGAUAUUAGAGUCAACAAAAAGCAUUUGGCUCUAAAGGAUCUCACCUGCACCAAGAAGGCAAAGGAAUCGAUCAAGAAAGACGCUGGAAAAUGUGGAGAAGGAGGGACGGGUGUCUUGGAGAUCAUUGGGUUCGAAAUCGCCAACUUUAAUCGCUUCUACAAAGUGAUUGACAUUUGCUACGAUGAGCGCCUGGAAACCAACCUCUAUUCCAAGCAUAUCCUUCAUGGGAGGAGCAUCGCUGCGAAGGAUGUCGACCCCAAGCGCCCUCCUUUCAAGGCGGCUAAAGGAUUCUUUAACAUCUCAAUAAGCAAAUCCUAUUCGGUGAAGGAGCAAAAACGCCUCAUGGAGGAUAUUCUAGAUAGUAAUGACCUGGCAAACACCGUCAUCGACUACCACAAGCAAUACUACUUUGCAAAGGGCCACAUGGCCCCGGAUGCCGAUUUCGUAACAGAGGCAGAACAAGAUGCCACGUACUACUACAUUAAUGCCGUCCCUCAGUGGCAAGCAUUCAACAAUGGCAACUGGAAGUAUCUUGAGUUCGCGACGAGGGACUUGGCGAGCCAACUUGGCGCAGAUCUUACGAUUUACAGCGGAAGUUGGGGAACUCUGGAGUUGGACGAUGUUAACGGCAACCCCGUUGAGGUUUACUUAGGCCUCUCCUCGAAGGAAAAAGUUGUGCCGGCGCCAGCUCUCACCUGGAAGGUCAUUCACGAAGAAGCCACCAACAGGGCCAUUGCCAUCGUGGGCAUCAACAACCCUCACCUGACAUCCAUCCCUGCCCUGCUCUGCAAGGACAUCUGCCCAGAUGUCUCUUGGAUCACCUUCAACGUCGCUGACCUGGGUCACGGGUAUACUUACUGCUGCUCGGUCAGUGACCUGAGGAACGCCAUACCUCACGUUCCCGACCUUGGCCCUGUUUGUUUACUAGACAGCAAGAAUUCUUCUUCUGCCGGAUGUUGCUGA